GGCUCAACAGUAGUGGAGCUUUUCUACCAUGUGAAAUCAGUCGUUCCUUAUUUAUGAUGUUGUUACGCUUAAACCUAUCGUUUUCUUCAGUGCAAUUAUAUGAAGAGUCGCGCCACGGACUUUGUUCAACAGUUUAUGGAAGUUUAAAAAAGGCAACAAUAACGAGCUCGUUCAGUCGAACUCAAACGUGUUAGCAGUUAAUUCAGUGGAGGCUAGUUUUGAGUUGACAGUCACGGUUUACCCCACAGCAAUGGAAAAGGGCAACACCUCACAGAAGAUGACAUAUCCAAUCCCCACCAACAAGCGCCCCAAAAGGAAAUACUGUGAUUUAUGUCGCACUUAUUCUAUGAAUUAUGAGGCUCAGGAGCAUGUCCAUGGUAUGCGGCACCACCGAGAGCUGGAGACGGUGCUUGGCAAAGGUUCACCUCAUGAUUGCCACGCGUGCAGGGUGUCCUUUGUGGGUUUAAAUCAGUAUGCCAAACACAUCUCCACUGCUCAGCACAAAGCCAACCUGAAGACCUUGAUUUCUAGUCAUGUUAAGACCAUCCCUCUGAGUAAGACUCUGAGCAACGAAACUAUGACUAUAAUCCUGGAAAGAAACAAGACAAUAAAUAGAGAAAUAAAGAAAGAGAGGAAAAAACAGAAAAAGAGACUGAAGCAGGUAGCUGAUCAUGAACAAACCACUGGAAAAACCACAGCAGAAUCCAAACAAGUGAAGCCACAGAUGCAGGACACCUAUCAGAGAGGAGGAAUUGUUGCUGUAGUUAAAAACAAAGAGAACAAAAACUUUAGUCUACCCCAAAGGGAGGCAUUUUCUCAGAAUCAAAGUGGCCUUCACCAUUCAUCCAGUGGGCCUUCGGGUGGGACCUUUCAUCAGCCUCAUGUUCGGGACCAGUUCACCCAGUCGGGUUCCCAACCAGUGUAUGAUGACAACUUAUCUGUCAACAAUCAGAGCAUCCCUAUGAAAAUGGAGAGCUUACAAAAAGACAAGCCUAAUGAAAGAAGCACUCAAUGUGAUCUCAAUAUCAUGUCAGGAGACAUGACCUGGCCUCCCUUCAGCCAGUACGAUUAUUGCAGCAUGCAGUCCAGUAGUGCAGGAGACUUCACCAGUGAUCACCUCCCUCAGAAUGGAGCCAUCAUCUUUGACAAUAGCCAGAAAGAGAGUUUGGGAUUCUUUCAGGCAGGAGGAGACGGCUCGCAUUGCUUUGUGAAUCCUGCUCCAACAAACACACCUGUCACCAAUGCUCCCAUACAAGAUGCCGACAUUGGUGCGAUGCUGCGUCAAAUCAGAAGAGCACUGGGUGUGAGGGAGCCUUGUAGAGCUGAUCGUGAAGCCAAGAGACAGAAAAUGGUCGCUGAAACUGACAAAGGGUCACCUAGUGGUGCAUCUGGGCAAAAUCCACAGUUUAACCACUCUCCUUCAGCUCCCUCAGCUGUUUCUGAUUCCAGUAUCACCCACUCAAAGCCAACCCAGACAAAUGUCUGGUUUGAAACUCAGAAGCCCCUCAAAAGCCCAGUUGCGGUUGAGAAACAUGUGUGUGAGACCACGUCCUCUGAUCCCAAUCUGAACUUAGGCCAGAGAGUUCGUAUCGCCCACAAACCAGGCAGAGCUCAAGAGGCUAGAACCCCGAAUAAGUUGUACAGUUUAUCAGGCGCCAGAAGUAAGUUAAGCUGGAGCGAGAUGUAUAGGGGGAUGAAAAAGAGAAAGCAAGACAGCAUCAAAGGCAAGGCCAGGUUUGGAAUUGAAUUGCCGAAACCUCCAGCUAGCCAGGAGAACACAGCACAACCACUGGACCCUUACUUGCCCCUUUCUGAAGGUUUCCACUGGGAGUCGUUACCGGACAUUCCUUUAGAUUCACUUCCGACUUUACCUUCUUCACCCCGGAACGCAACAGCUUUUGAGUCUCGCACAGAGACACAGUCUGAGUCUCUGCUGCAGAAAUCUUUGGAGCAGCCUAAUGCGGCACAGCAGGACGGGACUGGCUGCAAAGCAACUCCAGUCUCUGUGAAGUUGGAACAGAACUCUCAGAUGGACAACGAAGGCUCACAGGGAAGCUGCAGCGCCACCAAGAGAAAAUACGUGGAUGAUGGUACUUCUGACAAGGAGCCAAGUGGAAAAAAGAAAAGAAAGUCAAACAGUGGCAAGCAUCAAAUGGACCAGCUUUUGGCAGUGUCUCUGCAGGAGGACAAACUGAGCCACUCCCUGCAGGAUCUGGACAAAUCUCUUGUCCAGUCUCGCAGCGCCCUGCAAGCCGCCUACGCAGAGGUGCAGAGACUCCUGCUGUUGAGGCAACAGUUUAUUUUUGAGGUCAACAACCUCAGAGUCAAACGCAUUGAGAUCCUACAGGGGAUGCAAGAAGAAUACUCUGAAGCAUCUAAUACUGAUGAGAAAGAAGACACCUACUCACCUCCUUCAUCUUCAGCUGCCAACCAGCCUCCACCACCCUCAGCCUUACCAUUAUUAUCGAUCACCCAUCCUCAUCCACACUUUGCCAGCGCUGUCCUGUCUAACGCAGACGCUCUUCCAGUGCAGUUUAACCAGCCUGUGUCCUCCUUUCCCACCAAUCUGCUCACUCCACUGCUGCUCCAGCCGUCGCAUUCAGCCGCUGCUGCACCUCCAGCCGCUGCUGCACCUCCAGCCGCUGCUGCACCUCCAGCCGCUGCUGCACCUCCAGCCGCUGCUGCACCUCCAGCCGCUGCUGCACCUCCAGCCGCUGCUGCUGCACCUCCAGCCGCUGCUGCUGCUCCUCCAGUUGCACCUCCAACUGCAGCUGCUCCUCCAGUUGCACCUCCAACUGCAGCUGCCCCUCCAGCUGCUCCUCCAGCUGCUGCUCCUCAAGCUGCACCUCCAACUGCAGCUGCCCCUCCAGCUGCUCCUCCAGCUGCUGCAGCUGCCCCUCCAGCUGCUGCAGCUGCCCCUCCAGCUGCUGCAGCUGCCCCUCCAGCUGCUGCUGCCUCGACGGAUGCUCCUCCUUCUAUGAAACAUGACUCUGAGGAAGCAACAGGAGGAGACAGUGUUGACCUUGAAGAUGCCCCCAAAAAGAUGUCAGUUACAGGACCAGACAGCAAGGAUGGCAAUGAAAGCGAUGAUUCUGUCAAAAUGAUGGAGCCCUCCAACCUAGUAGUCAUAGAUAUUGAUGAACUGGACAACAGGGAUUCAUGCGGGACGGCUUCAAACAUUCCAGUCAACCCAGAGCCACCUCAGACCUCUGUAACCACAGAGCUUAGUUCUGCAAGCACACAGACAUCUCAACAAAAUGAGCCUGAAAGAAAAGUUGAGACGUCAGCUGUGGCAGUGACGGACUCCAGUGUCUCUGCAGAGUCUGUCAGGGAUGAAAAGGCGUCACUGGGUGCAUUUGGGAAUCACACCGGCCCCGUCCAUGGUCUGCAAAUCCACGACGGCCUGUUGUACACGUGUUCAGGGGACAACACAGCACGGGCGUACAGUCUGACUACUAAGGAGUGCCAAGCAGUGUUUGAGGGUCACACAAACAAGGUCAACUGUCUGCUGGUGUCGUCCCUUCCAAACAUGCCUGCGUGUCUUUACACUGGAUCUAGUGACCAGACCAUCCGCUGCUACAGUCUUCAGUCCAACAAAUGUUUGGAGCAGCUCUCCCUGACAGACAGAGUGUUGUGUUUGCACAUUGCCUGGGGUGUUCUGUAUGUUGGACUUGCCAAUGGAACAGUUGCGAGCUAUGACUUAAAGACCAUGAAGGAGUUGGAUGUGUUUGAGUGUCACAGCCCACGAGGGGUGAGCUGUCUGGCUACAGCGCAGGAGGGGGCACGUCGGGUGCUGCUGGUCGGCUCGUACGACGCCACCAUCAGCGUACGAGACGCCAAGAGCGGCCUCCUGCUGCGCUCGCUCGAGGGUCACACCAAAACCGUGCUCUGUAUGAAGGUGGUGAAUGACCUGGUUUUCAGCGGCUCCAGUGACACAUCGGUUCACGCCCACAACAUCCAUACGGGUGAGUUGGUGCGUAUCUACAAAGGUCACGGUCACGCCGUCACUUCCAUUGUCAUCUUGGGGAAAGUGAUGGUGACAGCCUGUCUCGAUAAAUUGGUUCGGGUUUAUGAGCUACAGACUCACGAUCGCCUGCAGGUUUAUGGGGGUCAUAGUGACAUGGUGAUGUGCAUGGCCGUACAUAAGAGCGUGAUCUACACGGGCUGUUACGAUGGCUCCGUUUGUGCCGCUAAGCUCAACUUAAUGAAUAACUACCGCUGCUGGGUAAGGACUCGCUGUCCCGCUACACCGAAUCAGCACAGAUGUUACAGCAGUGUUGUUAAAUGUCUUCUCUUCUCUCGUCCAGUGGCAGAACUGCACGCUGAUCUUCGGCAUAGCAGAGCAUCUCGUGCAACACCUUGUGAACGAUCACAGCAACCCGAACCUGCAGACGGUCAGAUGUCGCUGGAGAGGCUGCAGCAGGUUUUUCCCCACGCAGCAGUCAGUUCGCCAGGAGCUGCCUAAACACAUGCAGGACCACGUGGAGAGCGACAGUCAGGUGCAGCCGUGACCGGACCAACAGCGAUGCAAAAGGCGAGGCCGGAGUUUCAACCAUCACGACACAUCUGCUUGUUUUGUCUGAUGGUUCAGUUAUACCAAAAAAUGUGACAAGUUUUAGGUGUUUUUGAGACUUUUUAGACUCAAAGAGCCACCGUUAAGAUAAUUAACUAUAUUCUGUGUUUUGUGUCUAGACGAGGACUGAUAAUUCUUUUAUGUAAGAUUGUACAGUCUGUAUUUCAUUUGAAAUAAAUACCUGAUCUGUAUUUACAGACACAGGACAUGUAA